GACGACAUGAAGCUGAAGCUGAAGCUCCCGAACCCGGGUCUGGACGAGCGGAUCCCGUCUCACGCCGAGCUGGAGAAGCUGGAGCUGGAGGAGGCUGGAGAGCGGCCGCAGUGGGACAACAAAGCCCAGUACAUGCUGACCUGCGUGGGCUUCUGCGUGGGGCUGGGGAACGUCUGGAGGUUCCCGUACCUCUGCCAGAGCCACGGAGGAGGAGCGUUUAUGAUCCCGUUCCUGAUCCUCCUGGUUCUGGAGGGAGUCCCGCUGCUGCAUCUGGAGUUUGCCAUCGGUCAGAGACUGAGGAAGGGCAGCGUCGGCGUCUGGAGGUCCAUCAGCCCGUAUCUGACCGGAGUCGGCAUCGCCUCCAUGCUGGCGUCCUUCAUCGUGGGCAUGUACUACAACACCAUCAUGGCUUGGGUCAUGUGGUACUUCUUCAACUCUCUGCAGGAUCCUUUACCCUGGAGUCAGUGUCCCGUCAACGCCAACAGGACAGGUCUGGAGCCGGAGUGCGCUCGCAGUUCUCCGGUGGAUUAUUUCUGGUACAGAGAGACUCUGAACAGCUCGGCGGCGAUCGAGGACUCUGGAGGUCUGCAGUGGUGGCUGGUGCUGUGUCUGUUCUGCGCCUGGACCGUCCUGUACGUCUGCUGCAUCAGAGGCAUCGAGACCACCGGGAAGGCCGUGUACAUCACAUCCACGUUACCGUACCUGGUUCUCACCAUCUUCCUGAUACGAGCGCUGACGCUGAAAGGCUCUGUGAACGGAGUCAAGUUCCUCUUCACUCCAGACGUGAAUGAGCUGAUGAACCCGACCACGUGGCUGGACGCUGGAGCUCAGGUGCUCUUCUCCUUCUCUCUGGCCUUCGGCGGCCUCAUCUCCUUCUCCAGCUACAACUCGGUCCAUAAUAACUGUGAGCAGGAUGCCGUCACCAUCUCCAUCAUCAACGGCCUGACCUCCGUCUACUCCGCCACCGUCAUUUACUCCAUCAUCGGCUUCAGAGCCACGGAGAAGUACGACUCGUGUCUGGAGAGUAACAUCCUGACGCUGAUUAACGCGUUUGAUCUGCCGGAGGGAAACAUCACGGAGAGCAACUACGACAGUUUUCUUCAGCAUCUCAACAGCACAGCACCAGCCAUCUUUCAGGAGCUCCAGCUGAAGACCUGCGACAUGCAGACGUUUCUCAGCGAGGGAGUUGAGGGAACCGGUCUGGCCUUCAUCGUCUUCACCGAGGCCAUCACUAAGAUGCCCAUCUCUCCUCUGUGGUCAGUGCUGUUCUUCAUCAUGCUCUUCUGUCUGGGAUUGUCCACUAUGUUCGGGAACAUUGAGGGAGUCGUGGCGCCGCUGCAGGACCUGAACCUGCUCCCCAAAAAAUGGCCUAAAGAACUCUUCACUGGUCUGACUUGUGUUGUGUCCUUCGUGGCGGCGCUCGUAUUCGUCCAGUCCUCUGGUAACUACUGGCUGGCUCUGUUCGAUGGCUUCGCCGGCUCUAUUCCUCUGCUGGUCAUCGCCCUCUGCGAGAUAAUCGCUGUGGUUUACGUCUAUGGGAUUGACAGGUUUAACGAGGACCUUCAGUUCAUGGUGGGACACAAGCCCAACAUCUUCUGGCAGGUCUCGUGGCGGUUCCUCAGUCCCAUCAUCCUCCUGGUCAUUCUGAUCUUCUACUUUGUCACUACAGUAAGCAAACAGCUGACCUACAGCGUCUGGGACCCUGAAUCGGAUAAUUUCCCCACUCUUAAAGAGGUGAACUAUCCUAGCUGGAUCAGCGGCAUCAUCUUCAUCCUAGCCGGCAUUCCCAGUCUCUGCAUCCCAGGAGUCGCCCUCAUCCGAGCUCUGUGGAAAUGCUGCUCGAAGGACAAGGAGAAGAAAGAAGAGCGCAGCAUUUCUGGAAAAGAAACACGUGUGAAUACAAUAGCGUAGAUCGUAGACCGUAUGGAACGAUGAGGCCACGCCCAAUAUAAUAACAUUUGUAUUAUAUACUCACAAUCCUUUUUGCAAUGUAUAUAUUUAUGUAUAAUAAACAAUGAUUGUUUUUCAAUGUCUCUAUCCACCUUAUUGUGAAACGCGAAGCUAAUUUCUGUUUCUAAUUUCAUUAGCCGCUAUAACUGCAACAAUAACAAAGUGCGGGAAAACGUAUUGCACUGUGUUAUGAUAAUAAAUUAACAUUAAAUGACAAUGAAUACCAGUUUCAGAUCAAAUGACAAGGAAUAC